UGUUUUUUAUGGAUUAGGAGUAUGAAAUAAUGAGUGAAAAGAAGGAAAGGUUGUAACUUGUGACUUGUACAGUUCAAGACACGUGGCACCAUGGCAGAGCUCCACUUAGAUAAGUGGUCCCACCACCAACGCUCCUUCUCAUCCUCCUAAAUUCGAAUCCCAGCACAAAGCGCGAAAUUUGAAGCAAAAAAUAAAUAAAUAAAUUACUAAAAAAGAAAGAAAAAAAAAGCUCUCUUUUCGAACUCAGAGACCAAUAGUCACUCACAAACAAGUCUUUACUAUUAUUAUAUUAUUUGUUUGAAUUCUGCGUUAAUCUCCAAGUCUUCUUCUUCUUCUUCUUCUUUCUCUGUUACAGAGAAGGAGAGUUUCAGAGAUGAAGAAAGGUGGUCAUGGUGGUAGGAGAAAUGCACAGCAAGUGCUUUUCGAUCUCAAACACAGAGUGGUUGUUGCACUGAACAAGGUUGGUGAUAGAGAUACUUACCAGCUUGGAGUAGAUGAGCUUGAGAAGAUUGCUCACUCUCUAACCCCAGAUGGGAUUCUCCCAUUUCUCUCUUGUAUUCUCGACACUGACUCCGAACACAAGACUGCUCUUCGUAAAGAAUGUGUUCGACUCAUGGGGAGCUUGCUCAGAUACCAUCCUCCCCAACUCAUUGCACCCCAUCUUUCCAAAAUGGUCACUACCCUUCUCAAGAGGCUCAAGGACCCUGAUUCUGUCGUCAGAGAUGCCUGUGUUCAGACGGUUGCUCUCAUGGCCUCCAAAUUUAGUGACAUCGAUAGUGAUGGUGAUGCUGCGGUUGAUGUGGAUGGGAGACUCUUUGUCACUCUCGUUAGGCCGCUUUUUGAAGCUCUUGGGGAGCAGAAUAGACAGGUGCAAUGUGGGAGUGCAUUGUGCUUGGCUGCAGUCAUUGACAACACUCAUAAUCCACCACUUUCGCUUCUGCAGAGGAUGUUGCUUCGAACCACUAAGAUGCUCAAGAAUCCUCAUUUUCUGGCUAAACCAGCCAUUAUUGAGUUGAAUAGGAGCAUUAUUCUGGCUGGAGGUGCCCCAACACAGAACAUAUUAGUAACUGCAAUGGGUAGCAUUCAAGAAUCUCUUAAAAGCAAUGAUUGGUCCACAAGAAAAGCUGCCUCUUUAGCACUAGCAGAGAUAGCUUCAAGUGGAGCUUCUUUCUUGGGAUCCCUUAAGCCUUCGUGUGUUCGAUCCUUGGAGUCAUGUCGGUUUGAUAAGGUUAAGCCUGUUAGGGACACUGUGUUGCAUGCCCUUCAGUGCUGGAAAACUCUUCCAGGAUCUCAUACUUCUCAACCUUCUGAAACUGGUUCUUCUAUUAAAGAAAAUUACUGUGGAGAUGACUACAGUGAUCUAACAAGUGGUGGAGAAUUGGGAUGGAAAGAUGUUGCAUCUAAGAAAGUAAACAGUUCAGGUUCAAGCUCUACCAAGGCCAGGAUUCCUUUGUCUGUUAGAAAAAAAUGUAAUCAAACUUAUGUUCAAAGCUCCCUCAAAUCCAACAUCAACAAUGAUGAUGAUGAUGAUGAUUGGCGUAUUGAAAUUGCUGUUCCAAAGACAACAAAGCAGCAGCAGCAGCAUACUAAUUCUUUGGCGGAUCUUAACAAUGAAGAAUCCGAGGGUAGCUCUGUUACUAAGACUUAUGAGAGAAUGAGUACUGAUGUUACAAGCUUGCAGGAUAUUGGAUAUGAAUAUGUUCACAUGGAUGACAAACAGGAAGAGUGCUCCUCUUCAAUCUCCAAUCUUCUUACUCAUGACUUUGAAACCAAAAUUGUUGAAGUUUGUCAUGAAGGUGGUGGCUUGCCAAAGGCCAAGCCAACAGAAAGAAAUCAGCAAUUUUCACCUGAAAACAUUGGUUGUGAUGAGGAACAGAUGUAUUCUACCAAGAUUCGGGAUCGUGCAAGUCUCGAUUCGACUGUGACAGAGUCUGCUCCAGGUUCACAUUGUUGUUUGCAAAUGGAAAAUGAAAUGAAAUGUAUUCGAAACCAACUUGUGCAGAUUGAAGACAAACAAUCAAGUUUAAUGGAUCUCUUACAGGUGUUUUCAACUGGAAUAAUGGAUAGUUUGUCCAUGUUACAAUCAAGAGUGGUUGGUUUGGAAAAUGUAGUGGAUAGGCUAGCUCAAAAUAUUGUACAACGGGAAAGGGAGGAACUUUCCAGUCUAGCAAACUCCAAGCUGACCAAGCAAAGCCAUGUCUUGCAUUCUCCGAGGCUCUCUACAUGCACUCCUAGGCCAUCAGUAGAUAUUCAAAGUAGACAGCCUUCGUUGCUGUCUGCGAAAAGUAACGAAAAUUGGGGCGAAAAUGUAUUCGAAAGCAACCUUAGAAACACUUCAACUAAACGGGGCUCGGAGUUGUGGUCUAAUAAUACUAAGGUAAAUGUCAUUAGGAAUGCUACUGGCAUGGACACCCAGAAAUGUGUUAGGCAGGGGACAGGGAGAAUGGGAUAUGGUCAAGCAAGAAUUGAUCCUAUUUUCGGUUCAGCUUCUAGUGUUACAGCCAGAAGAAAUGGUUUGGAAAAUAAAAAUAGCCUCUGGAAACGUGUGAAAGGUUUUCUGUGUGAAGGGGACCUUGAGUCUGCAUAUGAGGAAGCUCUUUCUUCUCGGGACGAGCAAGUUGUAAUGGAGCUUUUCGACAUAACUGGUCCUGUUCUGGAAUGUUUAUCCUCAAAAAUGGUCGACGAUGUUCUCAGUACUUUGGGAUCAUAUCUCCAAGAACAGAAGUUUACAACUACCUUAGUUCCUUGGUUGCAGCAGGUUGUUGACUUGAGUACUGCUCAUGGACCAAAUUACCUUGUGUCAACGGUAAAAGCUAGACAAAAGUUGUUAUCUGCUGUUCAGGAGGCUCUAAGAAUGGAAUUCUCUAAUCCUUUGGAGAAAAGAUCCAUAAACCAGAUAGCAGCUAAGCUGCACCACGUAUGGGGAAAAUGCUCUUGAAAGAUUGGAAAAUCUCAAGGCUAUGAUGUUGAACUAGCUUUGCUUCUUCUUCCGCCGGAGUCCACCGGAGAUGUUACAUGUUGGGGCCAGCCAGGUGUUGUGGUCAAAUCAAUCUGAAGUGUGAAAAAAGUGAAGCAAGUUGAUGUGCAAAUCCAUAUUUUUCACACUUAAUUCAGGGGGUUCUGCUGAGACACAAGCUGUAAUGUCAUGACAACCUCUUUUGUAAUUUUGUGGAUUAAAGAAUCAGUUUCUGUGUUGAUUUCAUGUCAUGUUGAGGUUGUUUAUUGUUAUGAUUAUUAAUUUGUCUAAACAAAGAUGGGGGAGAGCAUUAUUAAGACCUCUUUAAUUUCAUUCAUUGUGCCUUUGUUUAAGGCAUAAUGAGCUUCAUAAAGAGUUGUACCAUUUCCUCCACUUUCAAGCAAUUCUUCUUCCUUGAGAUUUCAACCAUUUGACUCAUUUGGCAUUUU